AUGGCACACGACACACAUACUACGUGCCCGGAUCUCGGGGCAUUCAUAGUCUCAAAAUACGAUCCGUUGCUCACUAUUGUCAAAGAGCUCAAUGAGAACCUGCAACACCUCGAAAGAGAAAACCUGAGGCUAGAGCGCAGGAUUGUGAACCUUGAGCAGUACAUUGCCGGAGCGCAGGCCGCUGAUGUGGUGUAUACACUAGAGGAAGAAUCGGCGCUUUCGCCGCCGUGGCUGUUUAGCUGCCAGUACACACAUCGGACAGAUUGGCACCGCAAUCUCAACGUUGCAAGUACUCUUGGAGUUCAAUCCAUCAAACACGAUGGAAUUGGAUGUCUCGCUGAAAACAUGUGGAUAGCCUUCAUGGAAGAGAUUCCAGCCAUGUGUAACAUCAAAGUCGACCUCAAGGAAAUGGUGGACCUCCAAUCGAUGCGCCGAAUAGCGCGCCGAGUAUUAAUGGAGCUCUCUCAAAACGAAGCCAUGGUGGUGCUGAGGAAUGUGCCAGGAAAGGACGAAGCCACGACAAACGCGACCACCAUCACGCUGGUGGCGAUACUGGCUUCCGCCAUUGCAGAGGCGUGGAAGAGGGUGGAGUAUACGACACCUCAAAACAUGGGCAGAGUAUGCCUGAUCCUAGAAGGUAGGCGAAAAUGCAGGCAAACACAUAAAGCAGGUGAAAAUAUCGGAAGCAGACUCCGAGCAGGCACGAAAAAGUUCAGGAUAGAACCGUUGAACUAA